CACUAUAAGGAUAACAAAGCUGAGUACAAGUUAUGGCCAGUGCUAAAUACAUACUUCAGAUUAACAACAUUCCUUGGACGAUAGGCCGUCAACAGUUAGCACAAUAUUUCUCCCAGUUCGGCUACGUGCGCAAUGCCACUGUAGUGUUCGAUAAAACAACUGGUUUCAAUCAGGGUUACGGCUACGUCACAUUCGCGAAGAAGGAGGACUUAGGCUUCGUGCUGGAGAACAAACACUCUCUAGAAGGGAAGACUUUGUCAUUAAAAUAUGCCAAGUUAGAUCUGAAUGACGAUAUAUUUAACUGAAGGGAGAAGAGACGCGUGAGUUGCCACACAAUG